AGUAAUUUUUGAGCAGCGGAGGAAGUAUUUGGACUUAAAAAGCGGUUCACUUUCUAAUUACAUGUCAUAUUUCAGUAAAUGAAAAGCUGUUUUCUUUUUCCAGAUGGCCACAGAGGUGUUGGAGGAUCUUCUGGAGGAGGAUGACGAGGUUGUGGAGGUUUGGUAUCUGUUAGGAUGGCUGCUUUAUUUGCAGCUGGACAAACAAGACUUGACAAACAACGGUGUGAACUUCAGAAAAUCAGCUUGGACGUACCUUAGCAAGGCCAAAAAGCUGUAUGUGAAGCUGCGCUGUGAGGACUCACCCAUGUUUGAGCAUACGGAGCAGCUGUUAGCAGAGCUGGGUGGUGAAGAGCAUGGGGCUGAUGAUGAUGAUGAUGAUGAAGCCGGACCAUCUGUAGACAACAUUGACGAUGAUUUUAUUCAAAGCAGCGAUGAAGAUGACGAUGCCAUGGAUCACUGACUCAACGUUUUUCACUUGCUUAUUCUAAUCGUCAUCCGUGGACUCGUCCAAUCAGAAUAUUAAACUGAAAGCAGAUGGCUGAUCUUCACAGUCUCUCUACCAGUCACUUUUCUUUUCCCCUUCUAUUCCAGUUUGAUAUGUCUGACUGGGAUGUAUUUUCUGUUUGCUUAGUUUUUUUUUGCAUGCUGAGACUACAAACCAUCAGGACAUCUGUCACACUGAUCUGGACACUGAUCAAGAUGCUGUUUCAUAAUAACUUUAAUAACAGUUUUAUAAAUGUUACAAAGCACAAAAAGUAUCAUAAUAAAAACAAAAAAUCCAAUAAAGGCAUUUCUAAUACCAUUAAAAAUAUAUAUCCAUAAAACAUGCUUAAUGUUUUUAUUUUUUCAGAUUAUGUUUUGUUUUAGCGUAUGAGAAAUGCAUUGGAACUGAAGUAUUUUAAAACAAACAACUAAAUGCCAAUACAAAUGUUUAUGUCUCUCUGAAAUGGUGAUGAUGAUGAUAAUGGUGUGAAAACAUCGUCUCAUUCUGACUUCAUUAUGACUUUAGCUCUUUUGUAAUCGUAAUCAGUCAUAAUCCGGAAUCUGUGCAAUGAACCCACUAGCUGGAAGAAAUUUCUUCUCAACAUAGUUUUGUGUUUGUUUAUGUCAUUCCCUUAAUGAUGAACUUAAGGAUCAUUUUGGUUAUGGAUUUGCAAAAAUAGUUUUGUUUAUCUUGAUGCAGACCCUAGAAAUGUAUCAUUAUAAUGCCACCAUCAUAAUACAGUACAUUAUGACAAUGAGCCUUGAUGUUUGUUUGUUUUGUACUUUCCGAUGGUCUCCGUCUGUCCUCCAGCUUUCACAGAGAACCGUUUUUAUGGACUGCUUCAGUUUUUCCCAUCAAAUAUUUCAGAGACACUAGAGCAAGCCUCCUGAGUUCAAACGAGACAUUUGGUUUCAUUUUGUGAAUCCUAAGCAAAUCUCAUAAUCCGAUCGCACGAGGCCUGCCGGUUCCCAGCCCUAAUGAAGAUUCUCAAGUUUUAAUUAAGCUCAUGGACUUUUAGCUUCUCAGAGAUGGAGAGUCUGGAUGAAAUAUAGUCAUAUUUUGACUAAGCAAUCUUUUUUCCUUUUUUGCAACAAAUUUUUCUUCUGCCCAUAAAACCAGUAUAACCUCUUUUAUACGUUUUGGGCCUGUAGGAUUCUUUGUUUUUUUUUUUUUUUUUUUACUCCUUCCAAGAAUGCAAUAUAUUUGAUCGAGAACAGUCAAAACGGUAAUAUUGUGAAAUAUUAUUACAAUAAAAAAAAAAAACGAUUUGAAUAUAUUUCCUGACACAUUCUGUGGUUACUUUACAGCAAGGCCUUAGGUACUGUGAACACCUUAAUUCGUUCAAAACGAGAGGCCUCUGACAGACAUUUUACACAGACAGAGCAUGUUUUAUUAAUUCACUGGUAACAGCGACAAGAAGGGAAAUGACAGAAAGCAGAACACAAAUGUAUGAAUGAGAAACAUUUAUGCUAAAGCAUGUCAAGGUUGAGACACCGUAUGUGUACUGAUAAUUCAGUGAUAUGUUUAAUAAUUCCUGAAAGAAAAAUGAGUGUGCUGGCUGCUAAAAUAGAUGAAGCCUCCUUUAUACUUUGUUCUUCACAGUCAAGGCCGUUACGGGAAGCUCCCUUACAGAAAGUCACAAGAAAACAGCAGCCAAAUGGGAGAUCGAUGACAAAUUGGUCACCUGAAUAGCAGGUCUAACUCACAGAGAAGUCGCAGUGUCUGUACUUGUCAGGUCAGUCUCAGUGAUACAUUUAGAGCCAGCUUUUCUCCUGAGGGUCAAGAUUACGCCUUGUACUGGUCUGAUUUCAAUUAUAAAGGCUAGUCAUCCAUUUACCCUCAGGAUUUGGCAAUACAAAGCUUAAAUGUCAAAAGGCUUGUCACUUUUUGAUCACGAGGCUGUAUGUAAUGAAAAUGGAACAUGGUUGAAUCAGACAAAACCAGCUGCCGUUGACGCCUUUAUAUUCGGUUGUCAUCACUAAACAAAUUAAUUCUCACUUACCAGCAGCUUUCCUGUCAAUUUUAUGUUUUUUGAGAGAAAUUUGAUGGCAUGCUGUGCCUUAUGGGUAAUAUGCUCCCACGAGUUCUCUUGCUUUGUUGACUCGUCCCCUCAUCCAUCGAAGGGUCGAUUUUACACUUGGGCUUUUAGAAUAAUGGAAAGGCACUUAAGAUGGCAACACGCUUUCCACCGGGGAGAAAGCAGCAUGAGGAAGAACAUCGAGAACAUGUUAAAUUGCGUUAUGAAAUAGGGCUGUGGAGUAAAAGUGUCAAGGGCAAGACUGCUAUUAAAAUCAUCUAAGCUAAGGUUUAAUAUCUGUUAGCCUCAUUUUGAGGUAGGAGUUUUCUGUCUGGACAGAAGUGUACUGUAAUGUUGCUUCUUUCACAAAUGCGGUGCACUUUGGUGUCCUAUGACUUUUCUAAAAGCAGUAGAAACACAAACACCAUGCUUUUAUUUUCUGACCUGUUACUGUAGAUGUGUUUCAUAAUGUACUGUAUUAUAACAUAACUUUUACUUGGCAUGAAAAGUAGCUUGUUUUAGACAUCGUAAAAAAUAGCUGAGCCAAGUUCUAUGACGUGGGACAGGCCAAAACCUCUAUCAAACAAAAAUUAGAACCAAUCUAAACGUAUCAGUAGCUAUGAACCAACAUUUAGCUACUACUGACUAUUUUGGGCUAUGUUUAUAGUUUUCAUAAAUCUCACAUUUUGGCAAUAAGGUUUGCUAACAUGAAGUACAUGAAUAUAACAGAUUAUACUUAAUUUGGGUUGAUAGCCAUCUGAAGGUUUAUGAAGGUCCUGUUUUAAAUAUAAAUGAUAAAAUUAAAUAUAAUAUUUGGACAAUGUUGGUAACCAAGCCAUUUUGGUGAUCCUUCUGUUGACUUGUUUUUUAGUUUUUUUCUCCAGUGGGGUAAAAACAAAUAAAAUCUAAAACCUUCUUAUGUUCCACAGAAUAAAGUAAUUCUCAUAGAGCUUUGAAACAAUAUCAGGACCCCUUUUAGCACCAUUUGUUAAAAAGAGAGAAAAAAAAAAACGGCCUAUUUUGUAUCAUAUUCAUGGAAAGUGCCAUUUGUGGUUUUCCCUGUUACUCUUCACCAUCGCUGUAUGGCCUCGGGUUAUAUGGAGGAUUGAGUAGAAAGGCUGAAGCACAUUAAUAACAACUCCAAUGACUAAUGAGAGCUCGGCUGGAAUAGGAGAUAUUUUUGGUUUUGUGUCAGAAACUCCUCUAUGGCAUACUGUAUGGGUUUACUGGCGGUACAGCCUAAUACGCUAAUUACCGUUUUUUCCCUGGAACUAAAUGAACAUGGAGCUCAUUUGUUAUAAGCUGAACUGCAUUAAAGUACAAAAGUACUCUAUAAAGCACCUCUAAAACUCAAUUAUAUACUGUACAGGUAAUUAGUGUUUUUGCUAAGAGGAACGGAGCUUGUGUAGAUAAGGCGUUACUGUAUAGACCUUCAAUAUUUUCUUCUUAGUGAUGUCUUCUAUGUUAAGUUAAAGCAGUCGAUGUUGCCAUCAGUUUUAAUUGCAGACGUGCUCUAUCAGAAACAGUAUCAGCUUCGUCUUAGCUCCUGGAAGGCAUGGGAAUGGGAUUGUAGAGAGAAAGCAAAAAUCUAAUUAUUCAGUCAAAUCAAAGUACUCCUAUUAAGCAGAAAUUGUUCAGAGAGAUUCUUUGUUUUGUUACGAACAGAUAAUCACUCUUCACUCCACAAUCAAAUUAUGCUACUGUUGUUUAUUCAUUGCCUCAAGUUUUUAAUUUAAAACUGCUUUUGUUUUCAAGAGAACGGGCUUUUGUUUAUUGCUGGGAGUCCAAAUAUUGAUGGUGAGUUUAGAUCGGUUCUUCUUCAGUUCAAUUUAGCAAGCCGAAGGCUUCUCUAAGAAGUCAAAUAAGUGAUUUUGGGGCUCACGGCGUGCCAGAACCUCUUCAAACUAAAGCGACUAAGUAAGUGGAUACAGAUUAAACACAGCUGAAUUUCAAGUGCCUGUCAACAGUCUCUCUCCCAAAUAAUCUGCCUCAUCUCUUUGAAGAAUUCACAUUCAACCAUGUGGGAAAAUAAUCUUAGAGCAGAGAGAUCCUGGCACAGAUUAGCCUCUGGCAUAUUGGAAUUCUAAACACGCGAAUGGAAGAGAAGCCACGCUUUGGAAAGGUUUUCAAGGCAGUUUGUCCUCAGAUAAGUCUAGAUAGAGGGAUUGUGGAAGUAUAAUCCGAGCACCAUCAUGAGCCCUCCUAACAUUCUCCUUAUCAGACUCGGGCUGCGCACCCACGGAGGCUUUAUUUCCUUACAGAAUGAGAGAGAAACAAGUGUGACCAACAUCACCGGAGGCGGCACAGGUUCCAGCCGAGCAGAACUUUCCAAUUACCUGAUACAUGGGCAUAUAAACAGAGAGUUAGCUCUGUUUAAGCCGGCAAGUUCCUUAGAGAUAAAGACAGAUUCUAAUCUCUGUUAUUGUGUUCUUAACCUUCACUUUUCAUGUUUUACUAGCAGUAAUCCUCCACUGAGAGAUGCCGAUAACAGUGAUAAUGAUGUACAAGCUAAAUGCAACUUUAAUGGCUUGCACUGACUGAAAAACAAAGGCUCAGAUCUUCUGUUUCAAACUAAACAUUGGUCCUGUGUGGCUGAGGGUGCAGAAGUGCUAAUUAGAUUUAUAGACUGAAGGGGACCUCUGAGAGCGUAUGAAUCAUCUGUAAUUUGAUAGAAAAUGUGAUAAGACUCGCACAAACAUCAUAUUUGAAUAAAAGGUUCCACAAAAGAAAAAAAACACUAGCAAAACGAUAGUGUUUUGAAAGCUUUUUAAAGCCAUUUUUAUCCAGAACGCUGUCAAAGGAUUCAGUGUACAGUUCCUUUCCACAUAAUUCUCUCUCUCUUUCUUUCUUUCACUCAAGGUCUGUCUUUUCAAGGUUAUAAGCAAUUUCUGCAUUCCCCCUCUAGUUCUGUGAAAUCUGAUAUGGCCGUAUCUGUCCCUGACCGAUCUCAAGCGUCUGCGUUGUACAUCAAAACAAGACAAGCACUCACUGACACUGUCCAUGAGUCAUCGCUCUCACAACCUCUCUGCCCAUUUCUCCUAUUCUCUUUUCGGUCUAACGUAUAUAUUCAUCUUAUGUGAUCUAUGUCAAGGGAAAGUGUGAAACUCAUUUUUUUGUUUGAGCGUCGGCGAGUGUAACUGUGCAGACAUUCCCUGCAAUAUGAGCAUCACACAUUUAAACAUAGAAUAUAUAUAGACAGAAUUUUUGAAGAAAUUGUACAUUCAUUACAGCAUUGCAUAAAUGAAUACAUGUAAAAAGAAACUUUAUAAUGUAAAAUGUAAGCUACAUUUAAUAAGUAAUAAACGUUUUACAAUGCAUUUUGAUUUUCUUCUAAUAGUCGCACUCAAAAAAGUGACUAUUUCCAGAUCACUAAUCAAAUAUAUAGUUCACUCAUACGUACAGCUGUGGUCAUUAUGACAGAUUCAUUACAAUAUCCAGGAUGGAUAUGUACGAGCGGCUCUUAAUGGAUCUAUCCAUUUUAAUUGGUAAAUGUAAUGGAAAUGGAGCCCUUUCUUAUAAGACUUCAUAAAAGUCUUGAGUCGCUUGUUCAGCCUGACUAACCAGUUUUGCUCAUAUUUGUUGUGCACACAAGAAUAAUAUUCUUCAUUUCACUGUCAGCGCUUCUGCGGUGAUGAGAACAAAGGCAGGGUUAUGAAUAAGAGAGUGCAGCGAUGGCUACUUGUGAGGCAAGUGAAUUUGGAGUCCCGUUUCUCUUUGAUUUGAGGAUUGUGUUACUGGGAAACAGAGCAGCAGGGAAAACCUCUUUGGCAAACCUAAUAACAGGUCACGCAGAGCCUCAUCUAAGAAGAACGGCCCAGUGUGUGAAGAUGCAUGGAGAUUUUGCCGGAAGGCAGGUCACUGUAGUUGAUACGCCGGGCUGGUGGAAGAACUACCUUGUCAAAGAAACCCCUGAAUUUCAAAAACAAGAGAUUGUGCUUAGCGUAGCUCAUUGUCCUCCUGGGCCCCAUGCCGUUCUGCUGAUCCUACGUGUCGAUUCUUUAUUCAAAGAAAAGCACAGGAGGUCGGUGCAGGAACACCUUGAACUUUUGAGCGAGAGAGUCUGGAACCACACUAUAGUUGUGUUCACGUAUAGAGACCAGCUACAGGAGCGAACUUUAGGAAAGUACAUUGGAAGUGAAGGAGAGUCUCUUCUGCUCUGGCUAGUGGAGAAAUGUGGACGUAGAUAUCACGUUCUUAAUACCGAGAGAGCCACCGGUACGCAGCUGGCGGGGUUAAUGGACAAAAUAGACACGGUUGUCGUGGGAAAUGGUGGCUGUCAUUUUGAAACGGACAGAAAAUGGAUGCAUAUGGUGGAAGGAAUGAUGACGAAGAGAUACAUGAGAGCAAACCAGAAAAGGAAGAUGGUGCAAGAACAAUGGGAGGCUCCACUUGUACGACAAGGUCUCAAACAUGUCCACAUUCCUAAGAUGAGGAUGGUAAUAUUAGGUUUUCGAAGGUCUGGGAAGAGUUCGGCUGGAAACACCAUUUUGAGUGUGGCGACAUUCAUCUCAAAGAGUACCUCCGCGUCUGUGAGAAGACAAGGCGAGGUGGAUGGAAGGCAUGUGACUAUAGUGGACACUCCAGGCUGGUGGAAGUCUCUGCCAGCAGCUGACACUCCUGAACUGGAUAAAGAAGAGAUUUUCCUCAGCAUGUCUCUCUGUCCGCCAGGACCACACGUGUUUCUGCUGACUCUGCGUGUAGAUGUGUCAUUCACAGCAGCAGAGAAGACAUCAGUGGAGCAGCACAUGGAGCUUCUGGGCGAGAGAGUCUGGGCUUACACCAUAGUGCUUUUCACCCAUGGAGACUGUCUGGGGGACGUGACUGCUGAAGAGUUGAUUGAGAGCGAAGGGGAGGCUCUGCAGUGGCUGGUCGAGAAAUGUGGGAACAGAUAUCAUGUCCUCAACAAUGAGAACUGGAAUGAUUGCAGUCAGGUCACAAACCUGCUGGAGAAAAUAGAGAAGAUGGUGGCACAAAAUAAGGGCCAUUAUUAUGAAAUUGACCUCAAGACACUGAAGGAGGUGAAGCAGAAAAGGAAAGCAGUGGAAAAGAAAGCAAAGGCAAGAGCAAAGAAACAAAAACAGAUGAGGGUGAUGGACAAUACAUUGAAGGAUUUUCGAAAGCAUUUCUACGAAUUUUGUCUUGUGCUGCUGGGUUAUGGAGAAUCUGGGAAGAGUUCAACAGGAAACACCAUCCUCGGCAAACAGGUGUUUGGGUCGAGAAGAACAGCCCGGUGUGUUCAGAGACACGGAGAGGUCGGAGGACAUCGGGUCAGCAUCAUAGACACCCCUGGCUGGUGGAAACAUCUGCCCAUAGAACAAACCCCUGAACUAAAUAAAGACCAAAUCACGCAGAGUGCAUCUCUAUCCGAUUCUGGACCAAUCGUUUACAUUUUGGUCCUUCGUGCCGACUGUUCUUUCAAAGAGCAGGAGCGGAAGGCGAUGGAGGAUCAUUUGAGGCUUUUGGGCUCCACGGUUUGGGAUGACAGCGUAGUUCUGUUCACAUUUGGGGACGUGCUCGGAGACAGAGCCAUCGAGAAGCACAUUGAAUGCGAAGGAGAAGCUCUGCAGUGGCUUGUUGAUAGAUGCGGAAACAGGUAUCAUGUUUUUAAUAACAAGGCCGAGGGUGAGAGCCAUCAGGUCGCAGAGCUGCUGGAAAAGAUACAAGAGUUGACUGCAGCAAACAGCGGGUGCAGUAACAAAGACAUGCAGGUGCUGCGGGAGGUGACGGAGGGGAGGAAGGUGGAGGAAGACAGAGCAAACACCAGACUGAAGAUGCAGGGACAAAGAGAGGAAGAUGAAUCCGAUGAUGUAUUUGAUGAUGGCGAAGAUGAUGAAGUCAUUUGGGACUCGAGAGCAUGGAAGUGGACGACAGCUGUAUGAGACGAAAAGUUGGGAAAUCAUUUUCAGAAUUAGUGCUUUUGUUUUGUUUUCAUGUAGAAAUCUUUAAUUAUUUAUUAUUAUUAUUAUAUAUGCUGUCAAAUGAUUAAUUUAUAUAUUCAUUUAAUUUAUUCAUUUAUACAUA